AUGCUUGCACUUACAAGAGAUAUUCGAUUUCAAGCACAACCACAGGAAGGCAUAAUAAGAAGGCCAAACGGAGUCUUUAACAGCUACCAUCAAACAACCACUUCGUUCCAUCAUUUCUUUAAUGGGCUGAACUACGAACAGUGGCGUUGUAAGACUCUCCUUCUUUCUCCUGAAAUUACUUUGACACUCAUCUUUCACUUAUUGCCACUGAUAACGUUUCAACAGCAUUUUCCAUUAUUUAAUGAAACAGUAUCAAAUGAAAAUGUCAUCCAAUGGGGAAAUGAGAAAAUAAAAGAUUUCAAUUUUGCUGAAUGCAGAGCUUCAAGAAUAGAGCAAACAAAUCGCAAGAUCAAAGAAUAUUUAGACGACUUUAUAUCAUCCUUUAAUCAGUGA